GUUAUUCCAAUCUCAGCCUAACUCCUUUUUUUUGUCAGUUUCUCCGAAAAUCGUUGAUUAAAAUGAGCAUGUUUUUCUUAAUUGUUUAUCAUCUCCCUGAUUUCAUUUGAGGUUUCACAUUUGGAAUUGUAGAGACUUUUCUGCGUUGUUCAACAUGUGGGGAUCGCUUAUUCACUUUUGAUCUGAUUGUUAUUUGAGGGGCAUAAAGAAGUUUUGAGAGUUUCGGUUUGAUUAAGAAAAGUUCCUGAUUUUCUUCUUAUUCCGGAUUCAACAACGGGCAUUUCUUCAGCAAACUUUGCGCGUUUGAAUUUUAAACUUUUAGAGGUUAGGGAGAUGGCAAGUGGAUUUGGGGAAUCAACAAGUUUGCCACGGCAAAACUCGCGUUGCUCGGGCAAUAUUGGCAAUGAUGCGGGAGAUUUUGAAUGCAAUAUCUGCUUCGAGUUAGCUCAGGACCCAAUUGUUACUCUUUGCGGCCACCUCUUCUGUUGGCCAUGUGUAUACAGAUGGCUCCAUCAUCACUCUCAGUCCCAGGAAUGCCCGGUUUGCAAGGCCUUAAUACAGGAGGAGAAAUUGGUUCCUCUCUACGGAGGGGGCAAAACACAGAGUGACCCAAGAUCAAAGUCGUAUCCGGGUAUCGAUAUUCCUCACCGCCCGGUGGGGCCGAGGCCCCAAAGUACUACCCCGCCUCCGCCUGAUGCAACUCGGUUUAACUUUGGAAGUCAUGGAUUUGGAUUUAUGGGUGGUUUUAUGCCAAUGAUGACAGCUAGGAUUAGUAACUUCACCUUGGCUUCUGCUUUUGGUGGUUUGAUUCCAUCAUUAUUCAAUAUUCAGUUUCAAGGCUUCCCGGAUGCCACUGUGUACGGGCAGACUUCUGGUUUUCCCUAUGGGUUUCAUUCGUUUCAUUGGGGCCAUGCUCAUCACAGGUUUCAUCAGCAAACAAGUCGAGUACGGCAGGCUGAUAAUGUUUUGAAGAACACUUUUAUACUGAUUAGCAUAUUUGUGAUCAUUGCUCUUCUAAUUUGUUGGUAAUUUGUGUUUGCUUCUUAUACUUAAAAAAGCUAAUAAUGAGUUUCUACACCGCGUGGUGAAAUCUGAAAAUGGAAUUUUAUGCUUUUUCUUAAA